AUGUCGCCGGGUAUUGAAGCGUCGCCGAUGGCUGCUCGCGUUAAUAUAGUCAACCCUGAGCUGCCGGUGCUGAAGAUGGAGGCGAUUGCGAACAAGCAGAGGCGAAGAAGAGGACCAGAAGCUGUCCAAAGCAGCGGAUGCGGUACAUGUUUGAGAAACCCGGGACGCGUUCUGACGUGCUUAACCGGCGCAUCGAGCGCAUGGCCAGUGCUGUCAAGAAAGACUACAAGAUCGAUGCCCUUGCAAACCCGACGUACGCGCAUCAGGACCUGGUUACCUCUGUCGGUCGCAUCGUUGGAUUCAACCCUGAUGACCCUGCUGCCAGUGCCACUUGGCCAACGAUACGGUUUACCUGGAGACCUCCCGUCGACUCGGAAACGGCCGCCGGGUGCAGCUCGAUGGAAAGAACUUGAUGGCUCGGCCUUUGCUGUGUCGCAGUUCCACCCUCUGCCGCUGCAAUCGCAUCUGAGUGUUGACAGGCGCGAACCAGUAUUUCGCCCUUUACCGGCGAUUGUCGCGUCAGGCCAUUCACUCUUCCUGAUUGACUGUAUCGUGAAAGACCCGCCCAGCGCAUGUCUUGCUUGGUCCCUUUGGCGGUAUGGUGGAUAUGCUCCCCGAGCAGAUAUUCGCGUCUCAAAUUGUCCGCUGCUAAAGACACUGCGUGAUGGCCUGCCCGCUGAAACCGCUGUGUUCUUGGCACCAUCUCCCGACGAAAUGUGCCACCCGUUUGCCUCACCCCUAGCGUUCUUUAAUUCGUCGGAAGUCUCACGCAUGCCGAUCUCAUUUGAGCGCUUGCCGCGUAUGGCGUGGCAUAUGUUGCAUAUGCAUGUGAUGCCGGAUAUCUUCAUCACGCCGUCCAAGCUGCGGCACUUUGCCCAUCUCCACAAGAAUGUUGUGCUGGUGAAUCCUGGGUACUCGACGUUGGGGCAGGGCGGGGGCACAUAUGCCAAGAUUAUCCUGAUGGGAAACAAUGCCGAUGAGGUUUUCCCUGCACACUGCAUCCGCGCUGAGAU